CCAAGUAGUAUAUCUAAAGGUAACCAAGUCGGGGUUGUACGCGUCAAUAAUGGCGGUUUCCGGCGGCACGACUGUUAGAGGAUAUAGACAUAGAGUCGACCGACUGCUAAACUGUGAUACAAGUCUGUGAACGCAACACGGAUAUAUCUUUAAAUAUUCGUCAAGGCAAUCGUUAUAUAUCACGUUUUUGCGAAGAAACGUGUUAAACAGAUUUAUAGUUUGACAAUCAAAAACGUUUAUACGUUUCGUGGGAUGUGGUUCUUCCGCAUUUGUGGAUAGUCAAACAAUUUUCGAUGCGAGACGUAUGUAGUGUUUCUCAAAUGGAGUUGACUGUACAAUCGUGACUUUCGGCUUCGAACAGACUGACUGCAGUUUACACAACAUCCCAGAUUAAGUUUUUCACUGUUUCAUUUAGACCUGCGAUCCUUCUAUAUAAAUUACCAUAUCAUGGCCUCAUCAAAUAGAGGUAUUCAAAUUGGUUCGGCCUGGUAUCAAACUAAUAUUAAGCUAAGACCACAGCAUCGUGGCAUACAUCUUGUUACCGAAGAAAUUUUAAAACAAAUUCCAGAACUAUAUCAGUUCUCUGUUGGUCUUUGUCAUAUACAGAUUCUUCAUACAUCAGCUAGCUUAGCAUUAAAUGAAAGCUGGGAUCCUGAUGUAAGAGAUGAUAUAGAAAUGAUGCUUAAUAAAAUCAUUCCUGAAGGAUUAGACUAUAGACAUGAUUGCGAAGGUCCAGACGACAUGCCGGCUCAUGUAAAAGCAUGCUUUUUGGGAUCUUCAUUAAGCAUUGCAAUUACGAAUGGAAAGUUAGCUCUUGGUACAUGGCAAGGUAUUUGGUUUUGUGAACAUCGUGAUAAUGCAGGAAGUCGCAAAUUAAUCAUAACAUUGACCGGUUGUCUCAGGGAUUCAGCACGUACCCCUUUAAGUCCCGUCAGCCCUAUUGCUUCUACCAGCAGCUAGGACCAAUCACACCCCCAAAGGUGUGGCAAACGUCAGCUGCACAUAUCUACUUCUUGUAAUUUAAGCUAGCAGCUGCUUAAUUCUAGAAAUAACCUAAGAGUAGAAUCGAAGGAAGAGUGAAUGGAUACUAUGUAAACUCAUAAGAACUGUAUAUAUGAAUCUUUAUAUUGAACAAAUAGCUGGGAAUUUGAUUAAUUUUUAGAGUCAUACUUUAGGUAUUCAGUUAAAUCAUUACACGAUUACACAAACAGAUAACAUUAUUUCUUAAUUUUAUUUUAUUUUUUUUUGUUUUUUUUUUUUUUUUAAGAAUAAGCUACCAUCGAAAUGUAAUAUUGGGAUUUAUUGGCAACAACUGACCUUAAUUCUUGACAUAGAGUCGGUUUGUGUAACCCCAUUGAGGAGGAUGUCUGGAUCUACUCGGACCCUUAGCUCUUUCUCGCUUGUAUUGCACCGAAUACUGUCGAAAAUAACGUUCGUCUCGGUAUCCAGUUAAGUCGAGGCGAGUUUUCUGCAUUCGAGUCUGCAUAGAGGCACGCACAUAUUUGAAUGAUCGUAUAUAUAUGUAAUUAUUUAUGUUUCAUGUGGAAGUCGGUGCAUCAAAAGAGUGUCACACACAUUGGAUUCAUUUAAUAAAAUUAAAAAAGGUACAAAAGAUAAAGUUGGAUGUUUAAUCUAGUAAUGAUAAAUUGCAGCUAUUGUGCAAUAAAGUGUUCCAUAACAAAAGAAUCAUGAGAAAUAUAAGUUAUACAUACUUUAGAGACAUGCAACGUAAUUACACUAGUAUCCUAUACUCUUUCUCGUUACUCUUAGAUAUAAAUAAUCGAAUGCAUUUUAAUGCGUCCAGUACUCCGAAUUUAAAUAUAUAUAGCUUUAUUUAAGAGACCCUUUUACAAAAAUAGUCAAAUUUGCCAAGAAAAUUAUACAGACAAAUGCUGGUCUGGAAACUUGCAUUCUUUUUUAUAUUGUGCAAGAUAACCAGCUUUAAUACAUUCUUUGUUAUAACUUUCUAAUUCGCUGCUUUUCAUAGUGCUGCUAUUUCUAAUGACGUUUCCAUUACACUGGGGGUGUAAGUAGAAAGAUAUUUCUCAAACAAAUUCAAUAUCAAAAUUCUUUGCUGUGCUAAGGCAUUUCUGCUAGAAGUAAUUACAAAAUCUUACAGGUAAGAUGCAUUUACUAAUAUGUGUGCAAACAAAGAACCAUUAAAAAUUCAAAGAUUUUACAGCAAUGAUCUAUAUUUUGCAUUUGUAAGCAAAACUUGGCAUUUUCAAAUUUAAUCAUCCUAGUGUAAUAUAAAAUGAUGCAUACAUUCCUGCAGAGAUUUAGCACUGCAAAGAGCUAUAACAAAAAUAGCAUUCUCAUUACGUUUCUUAUUAACCACAGGUUAUUGUGAACUUGUAAAUGUAUUUAAUAUAACAUUAAGCAAAUUGAUGUUAGUCAGUAAUACUAUUCAUUUAUAGCGUAAACGAUCGUCCAUUCAUCGAUUAGUGGAUACGCUUUGUAAAAUAUCUAAUCCAAUAAUCCAUAGCUUAAAUAUCAACGAGUUAUAACAUUUCGUCUAUAACAAAAUUAUACACCAGAUUGGUGCACUUCGUGAUACAAUCUCAAAUACUGGAGAUUACGAAAUUCAUGCGCGCGAAUGUGAUUUUGAUCUUCUAAAUAUAUCCAAAGGAAAAAAAAAACAAAUUUUUAUGCCUAUAUGCCGAAUAACAAUUGAGCUGUCUAACUGAAGAUAAGUGAUAAGCAAAUAUAUGUCUGUCAAGCUGCCAAUACUGACAUACAUCAUCGGAGUAACAUGAGUUACUGUACUACAUGUUUACUACAUUUGAUGGUGGUAUAUAAAUUACAGACUUUGCUUCUAAUAAAUAUAAUAAGUGAAUUUUACUGCUCACAGAUUUCUUUUAUAAUUUAAUUUGUAAGUGAAAUUAUUAGAAAGAAAUAUAACCCUUUGCACUCACAUUGCUGGCGUGUGACAAUACUAAUUUUCCCUAAAACUCUUGAAUCACUUCUGACGUGGCACUGAUGAAACAAAAAAGAAUAAUUCUUUAAUUUGUUCGAUUAUUUGAUAGAUUAAAGAGCAUGUAUUUUUUGCUUUGUUAUAUACUCUUCAUAAUAUUUAUGUCAUAUUUAAUUAAACAAGGAAUUUGAAACAUUGCAUUUUAUUAAUUAAAUAUUGGUAUGUCGGAGGUGAUUGAGGAGUGCAAAGGAUUAAAUAACUGUAACAAUUGUUUCUGCCUAAGAUAUUAAAAUAGAAGAAAAUGAAGUUAGAGUUGCCUGAGAAGAGAAAUGACAAAAAUGAUUAUAGUGCAAAGAGAUAAAAAAAAAAUCAAAAAAUAAGAAAAACUGAAAUUUUAACAUUUAUAAACAUUUAUAAACUAUGUUUUUUUUUAUAGCAAAAUUCUCUUAUCUCUGUGUAAUCCUGCCAGUUGGACAGUUUUAAUAUAAGAUAUGGUAAAGACACAGUUAAAGACAAAUUAAUCUUUUGUUAUUAUGAGCAUAUGGAUGUACAUAAUAUUGAUUCAUCGAAAAAAAAAUGCUCUGUGCCAAACAUUCGUUUGGUCCUUUGAAUUGUACAGUUUCUAUCUUCGUCUGAAUGGGAAUUCUGUACAAAAUGAAAAAGUGAAGAAUCUUUUUGCAAAAUAGAUAUCCAUUAAAAAUCAAUCUACAUAAUGUACAUGCAAAAUGCUAAAUUCUACCUAUAUUAUUAUACUUAUAUUAUUUUACUUACAUAGAAGUAAAUGUGCAAGAAAAAUAAAUCCAUUUUGUAAAAGCAUGAUAUUAAUUGCAACUAAUUCACUAAAUGUAUUAAAUCAAAAAAAAAAAACAAAACAGUUUAUUCCUCAUUUUAAUGCUUCAAACUUUGAAAAACUCUUUUGCUGACUAAUGUCAAUAAAUUGUACAUCCAACUUGGCAUUCACAUAGAAGCAAUUUUUAAAGCUAAGAGUGUCACAAGAUAUGUUAAAUAUAUCUACACACUAUUUUAACCUUAGUAAAUUAAAUAUAAAUGUCCCUUAUUUCUUACAUUAAUUAUCUGCAUGUAAUUAUAAAAUGUUUCCAUUGUUCGAAGAUCCAAUUUUUUGUCAAGUCUUCAUUACUGUAUUACUAGCAUGUAUGCUACAUGUUUCAUAUAAAUUUCAUUUAACAUGUACAUAUAUACAAAUUUAAAAAUAAUCGAAUAAUAUUGAUAUACCUAGAUAUUCAUAAGAACAUAAUACGUAUCUGAAUUCCCAUUAAAAUGGAAUUUACAUAUUUA